UAAAAGCAAAGCACUAAAACUCUGUUGUGAAGUUUUCAGACCCCAGGAGGACGAGAAGGAGAAAGAGAGAGACCAAGUCCCAAGGAGGUUGAUCUUGAACUCGAUCACACUAUCGGAUGGCUUCUACGGAGGGUCUUGUGCCUAUAACUAGGAGUUUCCUCGCGUCUUACUACGACAAAUACCCUUUUGAGCCUCUCUCUGAUGAUGUAUCUCGUCUUUCUUCAGAAAUUCGUUCUAUGGCCAAUAAUUUGCUCAUUGAUUGUCCUCCUACUCAAGGGGAAAGCAUUUUAAUCGAUGAAGCUGAUCAUCAGCCUCCGCAUAAAAUUGACGAGAAUAUGUGGAAGAAUCGAGAGUAUAUGGAAGAGACAAUCUUUUUAUUAGAAAGGUCCAAUUGGCCAGAAGGGCUUAAGCGGCAGUCAACACCUGAUGAUGUAGAAUGUACCGUAGUGCUUGACCGGGUUAAAGACAAAGUUCAUAAUACUUUGAAAAUAUUGGAGUCUUUCCAAGCUAAAAAUGCAGAACAUGUUUUUAACACAGUUAUGACUUAUUUGCCUCAAGAUUUUCGAGGAACUCUCCUAAGACAGCAACGUGAACGGUCUGAAAGGAAUAGGCAAGCAGAGGUUGACACUCUGGUAAAUGCUGGAGGAAGCAUACGUGAUCGAUAUGCUUUGCUGUGGAGACAACAAAUGGACAGGAGAAGGCAAUUAGCUCAGCUUGGUUCUGCCACAGGUGUCUAUAAAACACUCGUGAAGUAUCUGGUUGGAGUUCCACAAGUGUUGCUGGAUUUUAUUCAGCGGAUAAAUGAUGAUGAUGGACCCAUGGAAGAGCAACGACAUCGUUAUGGACCGCCAUUAUACAGCCUUACGAUGAUGAUUCUUGCUAUUCGACUCUUCCUUUCAUUAUCAUGGGAGCGGUUUGAGACUAGUAAAUUAAAAAAGGAACAACUUACUGUCCUGGAACAAGCUGUUGAUGUCUACACAGUAGAAUUUGAAAGGUUCAUCAGAUUUCUCAGUGAGGUCUUUGCAAACUCGCCUUUCUUCAUUUCUGCAGAAGUUGCUGGGGCGUUAGAAGGGGAAAAUGAUGACUACAAAGAGAUAAGUGUUCCUGCUGGAAAAAGUUACGAGGUUUUACUCGCAGUGGACUCAAUAAAUUCAUACAUUGCUUGGGAUUUUUCAUUAGUACAAGGCAAGAUUAAUAUGGAUAUUGGGUUUAGUUUGGAGUUUAUUAGCCCUUCUGGUGAAAAAACUCUGAUGUUGCCUUACCGGCGUUAUGAAUCUGACCAAGGUAACUUCUGCACAUUCAUGGCUGGAAGCUAUAAACUUACUUGGGACAACACCUACUCCACUUUUUUCAAGAAGGUGUUACGGUACAAGGUGGAUUGUAUACCUCCAGUUACAGAGCCAGUGCAGUCUGACUGAAGCGGGAAUGAAUUAUGUAGAAACUUUACAUUUUCUAUUUCCUUUUAAACUCGACCCUGUUCUUGAGGUUGAUAGUAACCUCUAGUUUUCUUCACCUCAAGGUUGAUACAGUGACAUAAUUCAUUUGUUUGGGGGGGGGGAUAGGAGAACCAAACUGGGAAUUGCAUUCAUCAUUUGUAGUUAGCUGGAAAGCAGUGAAAAUGUUACCCUUUUAGGAAAAUUUAUGGGUAUAAAAAGGUUCUUUUUCC